AUGGUUCAAACCAACUUGCUUGACACAGUGAUUACCAAAUUCGAGAUUAGAGACAUCCGUUUCCCUACUUCAAAGAGCUUGGAUGGCUCAGAUGCCAUGAACAAAGACCCUGAUUAUUCUGCUGCCUAUGUUAUUUUCUACACGGACGUUGCUGAUUUCGAAGGUCAUGGUAUGACAUUUACUUGUGGUCGUGGUAAUGAAACUGUCUGUUGCUGUAUUGAACAGCUUUCAGUCAAGUUUGUCAACAAGAAGCUGAGAGAUCUGGUUGCUGACAUGCGCGCUACACAUCAAAUCUGUACAGGUGAUUCUCAAUUGCGUUGGAUCGGUCCUGAGAAAGGUGUGAUUCAACUUGCUACUGGUGCCGUUAUCAAUGCUAUUUGGGAUCUUUGGGCCAAAGCUGUCAAUAAGCCUGUUUGGAAGUUGGUGGUUGACAUGACUCCCGAGGAGUUCGUCCAAUGCAUCGAUUUCCGUUACAUUACAGAUGUCAUUACACCUGAGGAAGCUAUUGAAAUGUUGCGUGAGAACGUAGCUACCAAGGCCGAGCAUGAAGCAGACGUAAGAGCACAUGGCUACCCCAGUUACACCACAUCUGCAGGAUGGCUCGGCUACAGUGAUGACAAGGUCCGUAGAUUGAUACGUGAAUCCAAGGCUGAAGGCUUCACCUACUUUAAGCAAAAGGUCGGUAGCGACAGACAAGCUGAUAUCCGUCGCGCUGGUAUUAUUCGUGAAGAAAUCGGUGAUGAAGGUGUACUGAUGAUGGAUGCUAACCAAGUUUGGGACGUACAAGAAGCUAUUGAUUGGAUGCAAGAUCUCUUACCCUUCAACCCUCUCUUUAUUGAAGAACCUACCUCUCCAGAUGAUGUGCUCGGGCAUGCUGCUAUUCGUAAGGCUCUUUAUCCUCGUACCAAGGUCGCUACGGGCGAGCAUAUUCAAAAUCGCAUCAUUUUCAAGCAGUUAUUCCAAGCUCAAGCCAUCGAUUUCUGUCAAAUUGAUUCAUGUCGUGUCGCUGGUGUCAAUGAAGUUCUUGCUAUUCUCUUGAUGGCCAAAAAGUUCAAUGUGCCUGUAUGGCCUCAUGCUGGUGGCGUUGGCUUGUGUGAGUAUGUCCAACAUCUUUCGCUUAUUGAUUACAUUUGUGUCACUGGUACUACAAAGGGUCGUGCCUUGGAAUAUGUGGAUCACUUGCAUGAACACUUUUUAGACCCUGUUGUCAUGAAAAAUGGUAGAUACACUGCUCCUCUUGCUGCUGGUUACUCCAUCCAAAUGAAGCGUGAAUCUAUCGAAGAUUACACUUUCCCCACUGGUAAAAUUCACUCUACAAACUAG